UACUGCUUACAUUUUUACAUACUUUUUAUUUUUAAUUGCUUAAAUAUUUACAUAUCUUUUAUGUAGAUUUCCAGUGAAAGAUUCGAAUCGAACUCAACAAUGGAUUGAUAGAAUAUAUGCGUUUUUGGAAAUGCAUAAUUGUAAGCCAGAAAGCUUUAAAAAGACAAAACAAUCUGUUUUAUGUUCCAAACAUUUCCUUAAGAGCGAUUACCUUGUUACAACAAGUAGCCGUAUGUUGAAAAUUUCAGCAUGUCCUUCAGUCUUUUUGUGCGAGCCUAAUGCUCCAAAACGACGGAACAGGCAACCUAAAUUCAGUUCUGAAACACCUGAAUCUCAUCGAUUGCAUUACAUUCUUCCAAAAGUGAAGAUAAAUGAACUGGAAGAUAAAAAAGUAAUGGCUACAGUGCAAGAAGAAGAAAACAAAAAGAAUGCGUGCACCGGAUGCUUGACACUGGAAAAAAAAAUCCAGACAUUAGAGGAAAAGAUAGCUAAUGUGGAAAAACUAUUUCAGCUGCAGUCUUGCAAUACACGUGAUAUUUCUUCACCUCGUCAGGAAGAAUUACUGCAAGGAUCAUCCACGCCAACCACUACAACACGAAAUGCACGCCAUGAUCACUGUUAUAUAAGCAGUCCACGAUACUUGCGACGAAAAUUAGACUUUACGCGCUCUCAGAAAAUUAUGAUCGGAAAAAUAGCUCGUUCCACAAUGAAGAAGUAUCGACGAGCGACGAUAAAAGUGUCGCAGUUAAAAUCUUUGUUGAAAAUUAUGAAGGAAAAGAUGAUUGCUAAACCGAAAGUCGUUGACCAUCUUGAACAAGUAUUUGGUGGAUCUCCCCUACAACUCUAUGAAAGAAAUUCUUAACUUCACCCAGGGGGACGCCCACCUGGAAGUUCCUUCCGCACACCACCGCGUCCCUAGCAAGGGCAUCCGCCCGUUCAUUGCCCGCCACUCCAUAGUGACCAGGAAUCCACACCAACUUUACCCGCAUCCCCCGUUCAGUUAACCCCAGGACCAAAGACUUGAUCCGGAGCACGAGGUACGAGCUUUUGCCCGGAACGAACUUAGCCUGUACCGCUGAGAGAACUGACCUUAAGUCUGAGAAAAUUGCAACCGACCGCCACCCCUCCGUUCGUGCCAGCUCCAAAGCCUCGACAAUGGCCAUGGCCUCCACGCAAAACGAGGAGACAAAGCCCACCGACUUGUAACAACGCACAUAACGUUCAUCCUGAGAGACCAGCGCGUAACCCGAACACGGAGCCCCCUCCGACUUCGAGGCGUCCGUGAAUUCUGCGCACAUUGAAUUCUGUAACUCUUCAUCAAAAGCUUCCCUGAACUUUGCCUCUGCGUUCAUCCCUUCUCGUACAGAAAACCCGGCGAAGAGGUCGACCGGUAAACUUGACACCAAUGGUUUAAAGCCGAAAGCAAAACAUAUCGGAACAUCUGACAAAAACAAGGGGCGGGUCCACCGGUCCACCUCGUCAAAGGCUUUCACGAGAGGGAAAGCACCCACCCGGUUAGCACCAGGGAGACCCGGUCUAGAUGAUCGAAUACUACUUAACAAAUCCCAUAACGAGUGGGCCGUCAUAGUGGCCGCUCGCGACAAGAAGUUUCGGCACAAGAAGCGGAAACGAACAAACAGAGGGAGCUCCCGAGCCUCUCCCAAGAUCACAUUUAAGGGGGUUGAAGUUCUAUAUAUCCCAAAACAAUCCUCAAAGCGCGCAUCUGUAGUUUAUCCAGCCUACGAGAGAGACCCUGAAGGAGGAAACCUCCAUACUCCAGCCUGGAUCGAACCACAGCCCUAUACAAACCUAACAACAAACGUGGGUCCCCGCCCCACCACGUGCGUCCGAGGCACUUAAGCGUACGCAAGGAAUUGGCACACCGUCUCUCCAGACCUAACACGUGAUGUGUCCAGCCUAAGUCUGACUGAAAAGUCGUUCCGAGAAACCUUACUCUGGGUGACGAGACCACUCUAACCCCCUGCACCGUAAUCCACGGAGUUCGACGCCUAUACGAUAGUCUGCCGCCCGUAUAAACGGGUUCCAUCAACUUUCUAUCCCUCCAGCUGAAAACACACAGCUGGGUUUUCGCAGCUGAGAGACAGAGGCGUAUUUAACGUCGGUGCAACCGGUGCGAUGCACUGACGGGCCCCGGGAUCUGCGGGCCCUCGGUGCAUGAUAAACAUUUAUAAAUUUAUAAUAUUCAUAACAUUACCUAUCGGAGUUGCGAGUGCCGAAAAAUCAUUUAGUGUAUUAAGGAGACUUAAAAGUUAUUUAAGAAGUACCAUGACACAGGAAAGAACAUCUGAUCUAACUUUAUUAUCAAUUGAAAAAAAUGUUUUGAUUAAUUUAAAUUUGGAAGAUGUUGCAAACAAAUUUAUGUCG